AUGGGUUAUCUGUCUGCUCUCCCUGCAGCUUCAGCUGCAGGAGACGCGAAAAAUACAGUCUCUUCAUCAUCAUCAUCAUCAUCAUCAUCAUCAUCAGCAGCAGCAGCAGCAGCAUCAGCAGCAGCAGCAGCAGCAGGAGGAGGAGGAGGAGGAUCGGGAGCAGCAGCAUUAGAAGGAGCAGGAUGGGCUAUAGACUUUGUAAAGGGUGUGGGGUGGGCUGAAGAACAAGGGAGACGAUUUAAGAUGGAGGACGGUCUCGUUGUUAUUAGAGGCUUCGGACAGCAAAAAGGUGCCUGGCUAUUUUGUCUCUUUGACGGUCACGGGGGGCGACAGACUGUUGAUGUUUUGCUUCAACUCCUUCAUAAAACCCUUUGGGUAGAGAUCAAUAGCAGAGCUUUCAGAAAAAGAGAUCAGCUUAUACACAACAAACACAAACAGCAACAGCAGCAACAGCAGCAGCAGCAGGGACAGCAGCAGGGACAGCAGCAGGGACAGCAGCAGCAGCAGGGACAGCAGCAGCAGCAGGAGGAGAUAGACGGGUCUUUAGACUGGGAGAGCUUAAUGAAUGCUUUAAGUUUGCCUGUGGGGUCGGCUCUUCCUGCUCCUCUAGCAUUUUGUACUGCGGCAGAUAUUGAAGCUGCAUUUGCUGCUGCAUUUAAAUCUGCUGAUGAGAAGCUGCUGCGCUUAGGAAUCAGAGAGAGCGGCAGCACUGCUUGUGUCUGUUUAAUUCAUCCCUCUCUUACUGUCCCUUCACCUGUCUCCUUGGCUCCCUCCACUCAGAAGGAGACACCUCAACACACAAACGGCAACAGCAGCAGCAGCAGCAGCAGCACUAAUGGGAGCAUAAGCGACAGCAGCAGCAGCAUCACAGGUAACAGCAGCAGCAGCAGUGACAGCAGCAGGGACAGCAGCAGCAGCAGCAGCAACAACAACAACGGUUGGGGUUUAUCUGUGUUGCUGCAUGCAGCGCAUUUAGGAGACACUCGUUUGCUGCUGGUGUUUGCUGAUGGUAGCUGCAAGCGAAUGACUGCUGCUUCAGACCAUAAGGCAUCAGCAGCAGCAGAGACAGAAAGAGUAGAAGCAUUAGGCGGGUUUGUUAUCGGAGAGAGAGUUAACGGUGUGCUCGCUAUAGGGAGGGCUUUCGGUGAUUGGGGGCUGAAGCUAGGGCCGCAUGCAUCUCCUGCGCUGCUGCAGAGAGACAGAGACAGACAGCUAGUUGUCUGUAACAAACCAGAUGUACAAACGGAGACAUUCGUGCUGCAGCAGCAGCAGCAGCCGCAGCACCAGAUGCAGCAAGAUCUGCACCAGCAGCAACACAAACAAACACGUCUUCUCUCGCCACGGGGACCAUACAGAGAAGCAGCAGCAACUGCAUCAGCCGCAGCAACCAGUAACGGCAGCAGCAGCUGCAGCAACAGCAGCAGCAGCAGCAGUGGCAGUGGCAGGAGAAGGGUUGUGUCGCAGCAGCAGCAGCGGGAACCCGCGCUGCUGCUGCUGGGGUGUGAUGGUCUCUUCGAUGUUAUGGAUGAUAAUGCUGCUGCUGCUUUCGCUUUGGGAGUCGUGCAGGCUGUUGCUGCAGCAUAUCCUGCUGCUGCAGCAAGCGAAGCAGCAGAAGCAGCAGCAAGAGCCCUUGUUCAUGAGGCUGUCUCUCUUCGAAUGAGUGGAGACAAUGUCUCUAUUAUUGUCUGUCUCCUUCAAGAGCCUCGAGACCUUGCUGCUGCUGCUGCUGCUGCUGCAGGAGACAGCCGCCAGGUGCCCCUCAGCACUCCCAAGCAGCAGCGCCCCAACAACCCUGCUGCAGCAGCCCAUGCUGCAGCUGCUGCAGCAGCAGCAGCAGCAGCAGCAAAGGGGAAUACAAUGGACAAAGGCUUGUGGCAGCACAUGGUGCCUGGGGGCCUCAGACAGAGCGCAGCAGAUGUCCCUCCAGAGUUUGUUGCUGCUGCAGCAGCAGCAGCAACAACACCAACGGGAAUUGCUGCACUUUCACCCGCCAUAGCAGCAGCAGCAACGCCUGCUGUAGCAACGCCUGCUGUAGCAACACCUGCUGCAGUAACACCUGCUGCAGUAACACCUGCAGCAGCAGCAGCAGCAGCAGCAGCAGCGGCGGAGAAGCAGCAAGAGACUGCUUUCCUAUCCGAACGCCCAUGGGGUUCAGAGGGAGCAGCAGCUGCUGCAGCAGCAGCAGCAGCCAGCAGCAGCACGAACGACGAAGAGGAAAGCUCUUCCUUCAGCCCAAGCGGCAACUGCAGCAGCAGCAGCAACAACAGCAGCAACAGUGAAUGCCCUGUGGUGUGUGGGGCGCCUGUCAGCAGCCUUAGAAAGGAGACAGAUUGCGGCAGUCAGUCUGAGCUGCUACGGUCCCCUGCAGCAGCAGCUGCUGCAGCAGCAGCACCUACAGGGGCAGAAGCAGUGCCUGCUGCUGGAGAAGAGGCUGGUGCAGCAGCAGCGCUGUCUGGGGCGCAGCAGGAGGAGCUGCUGCUGAUGCUGCAGCGACAGCAGCCACUCUGUGAGCCUCCUGCAGCAAUAGACGAGCAGCAGCUGCUGCUGUCUUUAAGGACCCACCAGCAGCAGCUGCAGCAGCAGUACCUUUCGCAGUCUCAGCGGCAGCGUGCAGCAGCAUCAGCAUCAGGAGUGGGACCAGCAGCAGCAGCAGCAGCAGGACCAGCAGCAGCAGCAGCAGCAGCAGCAGCAGAGAAUAUGUCUCCACUCACUCCUGUUGCAGGGCUGCCCCUUACAGCUCUCACCCCACAAGGGAGACAUCUUUAUAACAGGCCAGCGUGCUACGGGACAGCAGCCCCCUGGGUUGCUUCUGUGCAGCAGCAGCAGAAGCAGCAGCAACUGCAGCAGCAGCAGCAGCAGCAGCAGCAACUGCAGCAGCAGCAGCAGCCAAGGCCGCUGCAGGCUGGCGGCGCGCUGUGGGCCCCUCAGCUUGCUGCUCAGGAAGGAGCAUCACCUCUUGCAUUUAAUUCUCGUGGGGCUGCUUGCUAA